ACGGGUUUGAUUCUCUGUGCAGGUGACAGUACCAUGGGGUCCUCAUCGGAAAGAAGAGACAGUGCUUUAUGGUCAGACAUCCCCAAGGGCCCCCUUAGUGCCUACCGAGCAAGAGCCUCCUUCAAUUCCAAGGAGCUGAUGCUCUUCUGGGACGGCCAGGAUAUACUCGACUUCAAGAAAACCAUCUUCUCAACUUUGGAGAAUGACCCUCUCUUCGCCCGCCCACUCGGGGCUGAUCUGCCUCUGGAGAAGGAGCGAGAACUGAACUUCCUUCGCUGCAAGCGGGUCUUUGAGUAUGGCUUCUUCAACGCAGAGGACAUGCUAAAGAACCCCCUGAAGAUUCUAGUAUUGAUGAACUGCCUGGGCAUGUACGACUGGUCCCUGGCCAACAAAUGUGUCCUCCACAUGUUGGUUUUUGGAUCUACAAUUAUCGGUUCUGGUUCUGAGCACCAUUUCAAGUACCUUGAGAAGAUAUAUAACCUGGAGAUUUUUGGCUGUUUUGCUCUCACCGAACUGAGUCAUGGGAGUAAUACCAAGGCCAUGAGAACGACAGCUCACUAUGAUCCUGCUACCCAGGAAUUCAUCUUACAUUCUCCGGAUUUCGAGGCUGCCAAAUUUUGGGUGGGCAACCUGGGCAAGACCGCAACUCAUGCGGUGGUGUUUGCCCAGCUGUACACGCCAGAUGGCCAGUGCCACGGGCUGCAUUCCUUCCUGGUGCAGAUUCGGGACCCGAAGACCCUGCUUCCCAUGCCAGGGGUGAUGGUCGGUGACAUGGGGAAGAAGUUGGGACAGAAUGGCCUGGAUAAUGGAUUCGCCAUGUUCCACAAAGUUCGAAUUCCUCGCCAGAACCUGCUGGACCGGACCGGGAAUAUCACCUCUGAGGGCACUUACAACACCCCCUUUAAGGAUGUCCGGCAGCGUUUGGGGGCAUCAUUGGGCGGCCUGUCCUCGGGACGCAUCUCCAUCAUUAGCAUUUCUGUGGUCAACCUGAAGCUGGCUGUGAGCAUAGCUAUCCGAUUCUCGGCCACGCGGCGUCAGUUUGGACCCACAAAUAAGGAAGAGAUCCCUGUCCUCGAGUAUCCACUGCAGCAAUGGCGCCUACUUCCAUACCUGGCAGCUGCCUAUGCCUUGGACCACUUCUCCAAGACAAUCUUCUUGGACCUGAUAGAGCUACAGCGUGGCCGGCAAAGCGGGGACCACAGUGACAGGCAGGCAGAGCUCGGACGGGAGAUCCACGCACUAGCAUCAGCGGGCAAGCCCCUAGCCUCAUGGACAGCCCAGCGGGGAAUUCAGGAGUGCCGUGAGGCGUGUGGGGGACACGGCUAUCUAGCCAUGAACCGGUUUGGCGAACUCAGAAAUGACAACGAUCCAAACUGUACCUAUGAAGGCGACAACAAUGUCCUGCUGCAGCAGACCAGCAACUACCUGCUCAGCCUCCUGGAGCAUCCUCUCCAAGACGGAGCUCACUUCACAAGCCCUCUCAAGACAGUGAACUUCCUGGAAGCCUACCCUGGAAUCUUGGGCCAGAAGUUCAUGGCCUCCAGCAAGGCUGACUGGUUGGACUCAGAAGCCCCCCUGGCAGCUUACCGUUGGCUUGUUUGCUACCUGCUCCGAGAGAGUCAUCAGAGAUACUGUCAAGAGAAAAAGUCCAGAGGCAGUGACUUUGAAGCAAGGAACAACAGCCAGGUGUAUGGCUGCCGGCCCCUGGCCCUGGCCUUCAUGGAGCUCACUGUGAUGCAGCGCUUCCACGAACAUACACACAGCUCUAGCGUGCCUCCAUCUCUGCGGACUGUGCUUGGACGGCUCAGCAUGCUCUACGGCCUGUGGUGCCUGAGCCAGCACACGGCCCUGCUCUACCGAGGUGGCUACAUCUCUGGGGAGCAAACAGGAAAAGCGAUGGAGGAUGCCAUCCUGAUGCUGUGUGUGCAGCUGAAAGACGAUGCGGUGGCCUUGGUGGACGCAAUUGCCCCUUCUGACUUUGUCCUGGGCUCCCCAAUUGGCAGAGCUGAUGGCGAGCUCUAUAAAAACCUGUGGGCAGCUGUCCUGCAGCAGAGCGGUGUGCUGGAGCGUGCGGCCUGGUGGCCUGAGUUCACUGCCAACAAAUCCGUGGCCAACAGGCUGAAGUCCCAGCUGUAGACACAGUUGGAGGGGUGUCUGAGCAGGAGCGGCCGAUCCAGAGGCCUGGACCCAGACAAUCAGACACCCACGCUGGAAGACGCACUAAAUCCUCUCCUUGACUCUCGUCAGCCUGCCGUACCCAUCCCCAAUGGGGUAUUUGCAAGGAGUUUGCACAGUAUGUCUCCCCGAGGGCCUUGGAAUCUAACUAAGGAUUUUGUAAUGCUAUCUCGGGGGCCCAGAUAGGAAUGUAAAGUUCUGCUCAGGUAAACUUUGGGAUCCGUGGAAGAUUUUCGAGAUGCUCUCUUCUCUCUGCUGCUGUCUGCUUCUUUAACCCUGCUGUGAGGUGGCCAUACGUCUGUUUACCUGCCACUUGCCACUCUGUACCAUGGACUGUCAGAACGUAAUUUGAAGAUUUUUUUUAUAUGAAAAAAAUGUUUUAUUAAGUCCUUCGGUGGCACCAGAAGUUUCCACUGAGGAAAGUGCUCCCACAGAAGAUGUGCACCAGUUUGCUCACCACAGACACCCCCAUUGUGUCAGUAACUGCUUAGCUGUGGCUUUAGUCCUUUUGUUCCUAAAACAGGAGGAAUGCCCAGUGCCAUCUGUUCCCGUCAAGUGUACCUCAGCAAAUUCACACACGGCAUGACCCUGCCACACUGGCCGUAGCCAGAUCUUGUGAUUCUGAAAGGCACGGGAUGCCAUCCCUUCCUGCCGUAGGGAGGAGCCCAUACUGUUAGCAUUUCUGACAAACCGUUCUGAGCCCCAGGUGCUUGCAGAGCCUGAGAGCCUCUCUUUUCGCCACCUGCUCUCGGUCAGCCACCACACCCUCCCCUGGGUCGGCCCCUUCCCAGAGUCCCACCCCAGCUGAAUGGGGGCGUGCCAUCUUGAGUCUCUGUGGAACCUGAGGGUCAUGUGUUCACAGAUGAUGCCCUCCACCUGAAUCUAUGGCUUUUCCCAACAGUGACCACUAGGUCCUCCCAGCUCUUGGGCUCCUUGCCCUCCAAUCCUGCCAUGCAACAAUCACCUCAGCCACCUGUUCGCCUGACCAUACUUUUGUGUGGGAGCUUGGUUACUACUGUCCUGUCUGAUUGGAAGCUGACUAGCAUGCCACAGAGUGCUGCAUCAAGAUAAGUCACAUGAUUCCCAGGGUCAGGCAAUCUGACUGCAGAGCGCCCCCUGGUGGCCGAGGUGCCAACAGAUAACAAAUUACUGAAAAUGGCUCAUUAGCUAGCUAUAGCUUCUGAGGGGAGGGAGAGUCAGUUUUCUCUCAGGAGUAGCCACUGGCAGGUUGAUCGGGCUCCAUUGCACGCCCACACACCCAAGAGCAUAUGUGCGGCACAGAGUGGACUUGAUGGCUUUUGUUGUUGUUGUUUUGUAAUGUGUGCACAUCUAUGUUUUCAUAUCUACCGGUUGGGUAUGCCUUUGUCCCUGGGUAGGGACUGGCUCUCUGGACAAGUAGAUGUCCUGUUAGCCUGCAGACAUCACAUGACUCCCAAGAACGAAUCGUGUAUCCUGGUCCCUGCUCCUGUGCAUGCACAUUCCCCUCCUCUGUCCCGAGGCAGAGGCAAGUGGUGUGUGGAGGUCUAUGCGCAGAGGCCACAUUGUGAAGACAAACUUGUAAAGUCCCAUAAAAUGAAACAUUUGUAAACAGCGGGAAAGACUUGAAUAAUUGCAAUAAAGUGUUAAAAUUGAA